UUAAAAAAAAACGGGUUUCGAAUGGAACUGAAUUUAAAUAGGGAGAGAAAAAAAAGGAAAGUUUUGGUUUUGGAAAGCUAGAGAGAGUUGACAGAAAUUGGAAAGAGGGGAGGGACCUAAUUGGUUUUUGGAGAAUUCAGGAAAGAAAAGAGAAAGAAGAAAAAAAGGGGGAGAAGGUUAGGAUUACAUCAGCUUUCAGCGACAAAGGAAUAUACUUGCAGCUCAAAUUAGAAGUAAUACGCAGGACCUAUAAACUACUUUUAAGCCUAAGAAGCGAAUUCACAGUCCUCCUUUUCACUUAUUCGUAAGGAACAGAAUGGCUUAGAAGAACUGUAUGUGAAUGUAGCUUGUUGUUUCUUUCCAAGUCCGCCAAAAACACUUUAAUGUGUUUAAGAUAUCAAUUGAAAGUUCACAGUUAUGCAAUUAACCAGUGCAUUAAGGAAAGGCAACUCUCUUCUUUUCCCUUUAUCUAGAUUUCUGUGUGUGCGUCGUCAUUCAUCAGCCAACUUGUUUGUCGCAGGACUUUCCUGGGAUACCAAUGAAUCGAUUCUGAGAUAUGCCUUUGAGAAACAUGGUGAAAUCAUUGAAGUUAGAGUAAUAUGUGAUCAUGUGACCUCGAAAUCAAGAGGUUAUGGAUUUGUGCGGUUUGUUUCUGAAACUGUAGCUGCUACAGCUCGCAAAGAAAUGAAUGGCCAGAUACUGGAUGACAGACGCAUUCGGGUUACUUAUGCACACGAAGGAGCAUAUAAAGUUUUUGAUAUGUGAGGAAUGUUUUGAGUUCCUUGGGGUUGUUUGAACUUCUAACCGGUAAGGGAAGC